AUGGCUUCAACAAAUUCCACAGGGCCUUUGUGCCAUGAUGUUGACAACACCAUGCAGGCUUGGGCCGGUUCAUGUCGCGGAGGAUUUGAUUUUACACUGCUUUUUGAAGAGACUAUUUUGCAAAUCCUACCAAUUGCAUUAAUGAUAAUACUUGUCCCCUUUCGAAUCUACCAGCUGUCACAAAAACGGCAAAAGGUGGUUGAUUCAUGGUUGCUUAUGUCUAAGUUGGCUGCUUGGUUAUUCUUACUCGGACUUCAAAUCACCCAAACUGUCCUAUGGGCCUUGCCUUCUGCCGAUGGAACCAAAGCCUCUUUGGCGACUAAUGCCUUGCUGACAAUUGGCUCACUGGUUCUGAUUGUCCUCUCAUACGCGGAACACACUCGAUCUGUCCGACCAUCCUUCAUCUUGAAUGCAUACCUCCUUAUCACGCUGCUGUUUGACGCCGCUCACGCUAGAACACUAUGGCUUCGCUCUAUCAACAGCUUCAAUGAUAUCAUCGCAACUGUCACCUCAAUUGCGAUGUGCGUCAAACUCUUGCUUGUGAUCUUGGAGGCUGUUGAAAAGCGACGCAUCCUCAAGGAAGAGUAUCAAGGCUAUCCUCCAGAGGCAACUUCUGGUUUUUAUAGCCAAGCUAUGUUUUAUUGGCUGAACCCAUUGUUCAAAAUUGGCUACACGAGCACUCUCAAUGUAGAGGAUUUGUUUGCGUUGGACAAAGAGCUUAGCUCUGAGAGACUGUUGACAAUGUUCGAGGAGCGCUGGAAGAAUGUCAAAAACAAGACUGGAAAUUCGCUUCAGUGGGAGUGCUUCAAGGCUGCGAAAUGGCCACUCCUGGCAGCUAUUCCCUCCCGAGCCGCCGUGGUGGCAUUCAACGUUUGUCAACCUUUGCUCUUGACGAGGUCACUUACAUACUUCGACGAGCCGGUUACCCAAGAGACUACAAAUGUCGGAUAUGGUCUUAUUGGAGCUUAUGCUUUGGUUUACUUCGGCAUGGCAGUUGGUAUGGGCCAGUACCAGCAUAUGACAUACCGUGGAAUCACCAUGGUCCGAGGUGUCCUGGUCACUAUGCUCUACAAGAAAGCCACCAACACAACUAUCAGCAAUGCCGAUCCUGCCAAUUCUCUGACUCUCAUGAGCGCUGAUGUGGAGCGAAUCACUACCGGCUGGCAAACUAUGAACGAGAUGUGGGCCAACUCGUGCGAGAUUGCAAUCGCAAUCUACCUUCUGGAUCGUCAACUUGGAACCUCGUGUGUUGUCCCUGUUGGUGUUGCCCUUGCCGCAUUGAUCGGCUCUUUUAUUGGAAUGUCCUUUGUCGUGGCUCGCCAGGCACAGUGGCUCGAAGCUAUUGAGAAACGAAUCUCUUCCACCACUGGCAUGCUGGGCUCAAUCAAAGGAGUCAAGAUGCUCGGACUGCAGAACUCAUUCAUGAAAUUUGUUCAUGGGCUUCGUCUUGAUGAAAUCAAUAUCUCGAGAAAAUUCCGUAUCCUUCUGGUUUACAACAUGGCAUUCGCCUGGUUGACUCGCAUCUUUGCCCCUAUCUUCACAUUUGGUGUUUAUGAAGCUGUUUCCAGCAGCCCACUCACUAUCACCAAAGUCUAUACCGCCUUGGCGCUCUUCUCGCUUCUUUCAGACCCAUUGUUGACAUUGGUCAUGGCUCUUAUGUCAUUUGCCGGAUCAGUUGGUUCAUUUGCUCGAAUUCAAGAGUUCCUUGACAAGGAAGAUCACAGUGACCAGCGUCUGCACGCUCCUAUGCUUCCUUCCCUCGAGGACCUUGGUGAGGCCAAGCUGCUUUCCAAAGAUGGUGAUCUGGAUAUUGCCUCAACUCCAUCUGAUUCCCUCGAGUCAUUUAAGCGUAUCUCUACCGCCUCUUCCACCAACUCUGCAAUGGUCCAAAAUGCAACUUUCACCUGGGAUUCUGAGAAGGAACCCACUCUGAAGGACAUCAGCUUUACCGUCCCUCGUGGAAGCUUUACUAUGAUCAUUGGUCCUUCCGGUUGUGGUAAAUCCUCGCUGCUCAAAGCUCUCCUUGGUGAAAUGCCUUGCACAGAAGGUAAGGUCGAACUGGCUUCUGAAAGUGUGGCUUUCUGCGACCAAACCCCAUGGCAUAUGAAUGGUACCAUCAAAGACAGUAUUGUUGCCCUCUCGGGAUACGACCCUAGAUGGUAUGCUUCUGUUGUCCAGGCUUGUGCGCUUGAAGAGGACCUUGCACAAUUCCCCCGUGGGGAUCGUAGUAUUAUUGGAAGCAAGGGUGUUGCUCUCAGUGGCGGCCAGAGUCAGCGUAUUGCGCUCGCUCGCGCUGUUUACGCUCGCCGCAAGAUUAUUAUCCUGGAUGACGCCUUGAGCGGUCUCGACGCUACUACUGAAAACAACAUCUUCUACAACUUGUUUGGAACCAUGGGUCUUCUGAAGGAGAUUGGUACUUCCAUCAUCAUUGCCUCCUCAUCUGUGAAACGCCUACCUUACACCGAUGUCAUUGUCGUCUUGGAUAGUCAAGGACGUAUGAUGGAACAGGGAAGCUUCAGCGCUCUUAACAAGACUGGUGGAUACGUAUCCAGCUUCGGACUCACUGCACCUGACUGGGAUUACAAGCCCAAGCGGUUCUCUGACUCUCCCAGCUACAGUACUUUUGAUUCGAUUGAGAAUGAGAAGGAAGACCUAGACCCAGAGCCUGAAAAUCGCCCAACCGGUGGUGACCUUGGCAUUUAUCAUUACUACGUCAAUGCUAUCGGUUGGUUCCCCACACUGGUUUUUCUCGUUGCCAUGGCUGGUUUUGUCUUCUGCAUCUCGUUUCCCAGCAUCUGGGUUGAGUGGUGGGCAGAGUCUGAUACUGCCCACCCCAGGCAACGCGUUGGAUAUUAUCUUGGAAUCUAUGUAAUGCUUGGCUGUAUUGGCAUGAUUGCUCUCGUUGUAGGUGCCUGGCAAAUGAUCAUUGUCAUGGUCCCUAGGUCUGGCGAGUCUUUCCACCGUCGCCUAUUGACUACUGUUCUCAGCGCACCUAUGCUUUUCUUCUCCACAACAGACAGUGGCUCCAUUCUGAACAGAUUCAGUCAAGACUUGCAGCUUAUUGACAUGGACCUCCCUAUCGCCGCUAUCAACACCAUCGCUACUGUCUUCCUCUGCAUGGCACAGAUGGCUUUAAUCGGAGUUGGGUCAAAGUAUGCUGCUAUCUCCUUCCCAGUUGUUCUUGGUGCCCUCUUCAUUAUCCAGAAGCUGUAUCUCCGAACUUCUCGUCAGCUACGAUACCUCGACCUUGAGACAAAAGCACCUCUAUUCUCUCACUUCACCGAUUCUCUUCAAGGACUCGUUACUUUGAGAGCGUUUGGUUGGCAACAUGGCAUGGAACAGAAGAACAUUGAACUCCUGGAUAUCUCCCAACGCCCGUUCUACUACAUGUUUGCUAUUCAAAGAUGGUUGACUCUAUCUCUCGAUAUGCUAGUCGCUGGUAUUGCCAUUCUCCUCGUUGUUCUGGUUGUGGUCCUUCGUGGCACUUCUUUCAAUGCAGGCUCAAUGGGUAUCGCCCUUCUGAACGUGAUCCAGUUCAGCCAGACAAUCAAACUCAUGGUCACCUUCUGGACAAAUCUGGAGACCCACAUUGGUUCAAUUCAACGCAUCAAGGAAUUCACCGGUACAGUGGAGUCAGAGGACUUGCCCGGUGAAGAUGGCGAGAUUCCCCCGAACUGGCCUUCUCAAGGUGCUAUCAACUUCCACUCCGUUUCAGCAGCUUACAGACCCACUGAGCCAGUUCUCAACGAUGUGUCUUUAUCUGUGAAGGCCGGGGAGAAGGUCGGCAUCUGCGGCCGAACAGGAAGUGGCAAAACUUCCAUGAUUAUGACUAUAUUCCGCAUGAUCGAAUUGACAAACGGUGUUGUUACGGUGGAUGGAGAAGAUAUCUCUCGGCUCCCAAGAUCCGAGAUUCGAUCCCGCAUUAACGGAGUGUCACAAGAUUCACUCUUGUUCAAGGGCAGUGUUCGCCUGAAUGCCGACCCAACCGGCGUCUCCACCGAUAAAGACAUUCUAGCUGCAUUGAAGACCGUGCAACUCUUACCAGCCAUCCAAGAGAAAGGUGACUUGGAUACCGAGAUCGAUGAGAUCCACCUGUCUCACGGCCAGAAGCAGCUCUUCUGCCUAGCACGAGCAAUUCUUCGCCAGGGCAACAUCCUCAUUCUCGAUGAGGCGACCAGCAACAUCGACACCAAGACCGAUGAAAUCAUGCAACGCGUCAUCCGUGAGAAAUUCUGUAAUCACACAAUUAUCUCUGUAGCGCAUAAGCUCGAUACCAUUCUCGACUUUGACCGCAUUGUGGUGCUGGAGGCUGGCCGUAUCGUGGAAACGGGUGAACCGUACACGCUACUAACAGAACCCAAGUCUCACUUUAGCAAGCUCUACGCCAGCGCAAUGGCCUCAGAAGACUCGGAAUAA